CCUCAAAGCUGAAAUUGAAGAAGAUGCGACGUAAGACAGAGGGGGAGCGUCGCUCGAUGUUGUGACGCAUGCGCGGCGCCGACCCUACGAAGCCGGCAAGUGGAGUCGGCGCUGCACAAAGCGAGCACCCGCCGCCGCCGGCACGCACUGACCCGGCCCAACAUACAUGUACCGCGACCACCGGACACGUUUGCAACGCACUGCCAUCUCCUGCUACUUAAAACGAGCAUGUGAUAAAACCUAACGCUAAAACUUGCGUCUCGUAGUGUUUCUUUUGUAGCCAUCUCAAAGUUAUCAUGUACAAGACGGUGAGACAUGGUGAGAACAGUCUGCAGUACACUAUACUGCCGCAGACGGAGGAAGUGUUGAGCAACAGCGGCCUCAAGGGCAAGGGGCGCGACUACAGCCCCUCCAUCCACGUCCGCCGCUCCCGGAGGAGGUCUACUUUGAAAUAUGUUUUACUGGUAAUUUUUGGAAUUGUAAUCGCACUCGCUCUAGCGUCUGUUCCGCUCUACAUUAUGAACGCAGCUCUGUACGCACGAAGAAAUUUGCAAGAUCAUCACGACAUUGGCACGUCCGCUCCUCUGGCUCCUGCCGGCAGGGAAAUAGUUAAAUCGAGGAAGAAGGAACUCAAGUUUUUGCCCGAAUUCAUAACAACGGCAAACACCAAUCUUGACAUGUCCACGCAAUCUUUUGUAACAUCUCCUACUGUUCUCACAACAGUUAUCCGUGAUCGGGCGACGACUCCGCCAUGGACGAUGCCCGCUUUGAGGUCUUGGAAGGGAUUAACUCCCGUGACGACGCGGCGACCCUUAACUACGGAAAAUUUAGAGGAAAUUCCCCUAAUCGGCACUCCGUCUGGUAGCGUCCGCUUGUUGGAUAACUACAUGUCUGUGAAGCCCUGGGAGAAAGACAUAAUAAUAAGACCCACAGUUACCCCGGAACCGAUGACUGUUCGAAACAUAUUUAAAUAUUAUUCCCAAUUUAGUGCUACUUCGGAUAAAUCGGUUACGAGUAAUAUGAAAGGGGAUGAUGUGUUAAUCACGCCCAGGGCGACCUCCACAAUAUCUCCAAUAACAACGGAAUCAACAACGACAUUGCCGAUACUCGAAGACGAGCAAUCUUUGGAAAUCGACGACGUGUUCUCCCUAUCUACAUUGAAGGGAGACCCGGGAAUAUCCGGUCCGGUCGUCGACUCUGAUGAAGUCACAGUUUCUAAGGCGACAGGUGGUUGGUACGGAGCACGGUGGCCAUUCGUCGAUCCUUCUUCUUAUUUCCAAUGGACGGGUUACUCGUUGGCGGACAAUCUUUUAUUGCCGCUGCUUGUGGCUACUCUGUCCUCCAUUGUACUCGUGUUGUUGCUGGCGCUGGCUGUACGUCGUCGCAAGAGGACGUCCACAGCUUCCGCACAGAUUGGGAAGUUAACCUCUGAUCUUCAAGAUGAUGUUACUAACCUUCUGCAGGCUGAAAAUCCAGAAGAUGCCGAGGAGUGAACUGCCCAAACCACAUCGCUUGUUCAUGUAGCUUCUUCGAGAGUACAAGUAAAAAUAUGCCUUAUGUACAAUUGAAAGAAAGCUCAUAAUCCCAGUGUCAUCUCAGUUGUACAUUAGGCAUCAGAGCAC